AUGCGACUAUUUCCCUCGCCAAUUUUCCGCCAUGUCGCGCGAGGAAUGACCGGGCCGGCCCAGCGGAGUUUCGUCACUUCAACCCGACGAUUCCAAGUCCAAGAUGCGAACAUGUCAGACUUACUUGCAGCCGCUCAUAGGCUAGAAGGUGCCAAGAAAGCGCAUCCGACUGCGGAACAUAUGCCCUUAUCAGAAGUGGAUGCAAAUACCAGCUCACCGGGGACCACGGAUCUGAUGAAUGGCGCGCGCAUUACAAUGAGGGAUCGGCAUUUGUGGUUAUCAGUUCCAGAUAUGGAUAUGAAAGAGUUGAAGCUGUCAUAUGUUUACCUUCGUGAUUUAUGUAAAUGUCCUCGAUGUGUGGAUCCCAACUCGAAACAGCGAACCUUCCGCUCAAGUGACAUACCACUCAACAUCCAACCGCAGCAUGUUAGAUGGGAUAAUGAAUAUCUGGAGAUUGAGUGGAAUAAGGAUACUGAAGGGACAGAAGGGACUCACUUCUCGCGAUGGCACUAUACCUAUCUCGUGAACCCUUCUAUCAACACACAUGACUCUACUCUCAAGUCCAUGCCUCCUUUGCUGUGGAACUUGGCUCGUAUGGAGAAGGCACAGCACUGGAUUGACUAUGAAGAUUACAUGACCGAUCGCAAUCAAUUUAUUAUUGCAAUGCGAAGUUUGCAGCGAACUGGUCUGAUAUUCGUCAAGGGUAUUCCGGACUCUCGUGAAAUGGUUGAGAAAAUUGCAACGCGAAUGGGACCCUUGCGGAACACCUUUUAUGGAAUGACUUGGGAUGUCCGCAAAGUUCCCCAAGCCAAGAAUGUCGCCUAUACCAAUCAAUUUCUCGGUUUCCAUAUGGACCUCAUGUACAUGAAUGAACCUCCAGGAUACCAACUCCUACACUGUCUGGAAAACUCCUGCCAGGGAGGCGAGUCCCUAUUUGCUGAUGCAUUUUACGCGGCAAAUCAAAUGAAAGCACAGCGCCGAGAGCAAUACGAUUUUCUCACAAAGGUCCAUCUGGCUUACGAAUACGUCCACAAGGAUCAGAUCUACUACAAUACCCGACCUGUUUUCGAGCUCGACGAGAGAACGGGGGAACUGGGUCAUGUGAACUACUCGCCGCCAUUCCAAGCUGCUAUUCCUGAACCAAAGAGGCUUGAUGACAUCGAAUCUAAGCUUGAUGACCUCGAUUCCGAGCUUUUUAAUCCUGAUUCCGAGCUUCUUAAUCCCGAUCCCAAGCUAAAUUACAUUGAUUUCGUCCAUUUACAACAGAGUCUCCAGAUUUUUACCAAUCAUUUGGAGUCACCUGGUAAUGUCUUUGAGUUGAAGCUGAACCCAGGCGAAUGUGUCAUCUUCGACAAUCGACGAAUUGUCCACGCGCGUCGUCAAUUCAACACUGCUACGGGCUCUCGAUGGUUGGCUGGAGCCUAUGUUGAUACAGACGCAGUGCGAUCUCGCUUCCAUAUUUGCACUAAGCAAGAACCGCAAAUAUGGAGGCAUUUCAAUCCCGACGCUUACCUUGUGCCGUUUGACUUGGAUAAUCCUCGAUCCUCUGACCGGGCUAUCAAAGCUGCGUACAGGAUGGGACAUGAAAUGACUAAUAGAGGAGCAGGGAAGUAUGUGAAAUAUGAACCGGAGCAAAUUGCUGGAAAGCGGGGGAAAUCACGGAAUACUCGUCGGAAAAUAGCAAGGAAAGAUUGA